AUGUUCGCUGCUCGUCAGGUCUUCGGCGCCGCCCAGCGGAGGGCUUUCUCCGUUUCCGCCAGGCAGAACUCCAAGGUCACCGUCCUUGGUGCUGCAGGCGGCAUUGGCCAGCCUCUGUCGCUGCUGCUCAAGCUCAACCCGCGCGUCUCUGAGCUUGCGCUGUACGACAUCCGCGGCGGUCCCGGUGUUGCUGCCGACGUCAGCCACAUCAACACCAAGAGCACCGUCAAGGGCUACGACCCUACUCCCUCUGGCCUCCGCGAGUGCCUCGAGGGUUCCGAGAUCGUCCUCAUCCCCGCUGGCGUCCCCCGCAAGCCUGGCAUGACCCGUGAUGACCUCUUCAACACCAACGCCUCCAUCGUCCGUGACCUUGCCAAGGCCACCGCUGACGCCGCCCCCAACGCCAACGUCCUGAUCAUCUCGAACCCGGUCAACUCCACCGUCCCCAUCACCGCCGAGGUUUUCAAGUCCAAGGGCGUCUACAACCCCAAGCGCCUCUUCGGUGUGACCACUCUUGACGUUGUCCGUGCCUCGCGCUUCAUCUCCCAGCUCAAGGGCUCCGACCCGGCCAACGAGAAGAUCACCGUCAUUGGCGGCCACUCGGGUGCUACCAUCGUUCCUCUGCUCUCCCAGGCUGGCCACAAGCUUGAGGGCCAGGAGCUCGACGACUACGUCAGGCGUGUCCAGUUCGGUGGUGACGAGGUUGUCCAGGCCAAGGGCGGUGCUGGUUCCGCCACCCUCUCCAUGGCCAUGGCCGGUGCCCGCUUCGCCGAGUCCCUGCUCCGUGCUGCCCAGGGCGAGAAGGGCGUCAUCGAGCCCACGUUCGUCGAGAGCCCGCUCUUCAAGGACCAGGGCUGCGAUUUCUUCGCCUCCAACGUCGAGCUCGGCCCCAGCGGUGUCGAGAAGAUUCUCCCCGUCGGUGAGGUUACCCCCUACGAGCAGAAGCUCAUCGAUGUCUGCGUCCAGGAUCUGGCCAAGAACAUCAAGAAGGGCGUCGACUUCGCCAAGCAGAACCCUUAA